AUGAGUAGAACGCAAGUUGAAUUUUCAUAUUUAUCCAGGGGAUGGAAACGCCGGUACGUUCUUGUGACUUCAUAUCGACCUCUCAAAUGCUACAUGUAUCGACUCGGCUUCUGUCGGUUUUGCACAGUGAAAUACACUCAGAGUACGAAUGAAUUAGACAAUAUGUUUGUACAUUUAACAAAUGUUUCAAUACAAAAACAUGGAGAUGAAUACAACCCGAUCCAUGGUGGGAAAUGGACUAUAAGCAACCUUCGACACUUCUUGGAAAGUACUCGAGGAAAAGCCGUUACGGACAAACUUUUCGAUGAAAUUAACUGGUUGACUGUAUGUUCAUUGAAAGCGGUCUCUGGAUCAAUGGCAAAUGAUCGACAUUGCUUUGAAUGCUACGGCUACGAUAUUAUUAUUGAUGACAAGUUGAAACCUUGGCUUAUUGAGGUCAACGCAUCCCCUUCUCUCACAUCGACCACAGCUAACGACAGAAUCAUGAAAUACAAUUUAAUUAACGAUAUUUUAAACAUCGUCAUGCCUGGUGGGGAAGCCCCUGAUGUAAAAUGGAAUAAAGUACCCCCCAAAGAAGGUUACGGGCAUUUUGAUCUUCUCUACGAUGAAGAACUAGCUCAACAAGGGGACACUGGAGGGCCCUCUAGUGAUAUUCGGGACUCCAGGAGUAGGGGUAUGAUGGGUCCCGGGGCAAGAGGCAGGGACCAAAGUCGCACAAGAGGGGCAACAACUUGGAAAUGAUUAGGAUUUGGUAUUUAUCAGAAUUCUAGGAAUGUCUAUUGAAGUUGACUAUAUUCAAUUUUCCAUAUAGUCUGGUAGCUCAAUUCCAUUCCAAAUAAAGUAUCAGGGUAGUCAUAAAAGUCUUCAAAGUGCUAAAAAAUUUCAUUGCUACCUUAUAUAGUUUGUUGGCCCCUGUUUCGUUGAAUGAAGCACAUACUCAAAUAAACGCUGAUUAGGAAUAAAUAAACCUGGUUAAGAUAUAUUGACAGUUGGCUUCAUACCAUCAUUUUAAUGGGAUUUAUGAACGCCUGGUACAUUCCAUUUUCAAGUCGUGAAGUCUAGGUACAGAGCCUCACAUUCUCACAAGGCAGGUUAUAUGUUGUGGUAGAUUAGAUAUUGCAAACCGUAUCAAUAUUUUUUAUUCGAAGUCUAAAAAUUGAUAUUUUAUAGUCUGUAACCUCUUACAAUUUGACUCUAUUUCAGCAUUGCUUGAAAUAUUUUCAUUUUUACCGCAAUUGGUAGCAUAGUCAUCAGGUCUGUAUUUACAUUCCUACAUUUCAGCAUUCAUCUAUGGCUCAUGCUUGGCUUUCUCUCUAUUCUACUGCUGUUCGGCAGCUGUCGCUAUCUUUUUAGGGUGUGGUUAGGGUAGCGAUUAAAUUUUAUUUUGUUGCAGAAAAUGUGUGUUGGUCGCAGAAAGGUCUGGUGCAUUGUAUGUAGAUGUAAGAAGCUCAUUUUUAAGGAAAUUCGCUCAAAGCAAGGUAUUGUGCACUCACUCAGAAAAUAAGAUAUUAAUCUAACAAUAACAGAUGACCACUACAGUGUCAAGGGCUUCUGUUUGAGACAGCGAAGGAAUGUAGUGGGUGUCCAUAAAGUCUCUAGAAAAUUGUAAAUUGCAAAGGUGAUUUACCAUUAGC